AUGUAAAAGUUGACUGAUAAACAGAAAGGUAACCCUCUUGUAAAGAAGGACAUAAGCAGGGAAGAGGAGAUAGAAAAUGAUGGAAAAGUUCGUAAAGUUAGAAGUCCUUCCAGCGUUGCUGAUCUGAAUGAUUUGAGAUCAAAUAGAAGCCAACAUAGUGUAAAGAGUGGAAAAAGUGGAAGAAGCCCAAAAUUAGGGAAUAAUUAGAGUGGAAACGAUGAGCAGAGGAAAAAACCUCCUAGAAGAUUGAAUAGUACAAUAAUGGCAAGACUAUCGAGAUUGCAAAACAUAAAAUAAACAUCUGCAAUUUAGAAAUUGAUUACUUAAUUGAUUGAAGGGUGGACAUUCUCUAUAAUUAUGGCCAUAGUGACUCUUUAUGCUUUAUUUGGGGAUGAUAUACGAAUCUUAUCAGUUGAUAAAACAGAAGAUGACAUCUUUUUUAUUCUAACUAUAAUAAGUAUGUCUUUUUUCUCACUUGAAAUAAUAUUGACAUCUAUAAUAAAUCCUAACUAUAUUUUGAAUGUAUGUAAUUAGUUCCUAUUAAUUUGAUUAGUUUUACUUUUUUUUGGAUGUAAUUUCAACUGCAACGAUGAUUUUAGAUAUCGGUUGGAUUACAGACUUAUGGUAUGGAGAAGAAGGAGAUAUUGGAAAUGCUACAACAAUAAAAGCAUUAGGAAGGGCUUCUAGAGUAGCUAGAAAAGCAGCAAGAGUGAUUCGAAUAAUUCGUUUAGUAAGAUUGGUAAAAUUAUAUAAACAUGCAAGAUAACAAUAUGAAAAAGAAUAAUAAAAAAAAAUAUUUUAAUAGAUUCUAAAAUAAAAUAAAUUUGUAAGCGCAGAAAAUUAAAAAUAGUAAUAAUAGUAAUAAAUUAAUGGUAAUUUAAACCACCAACAAUAUUUAAUAUAAAGAAACUCUUCAUAACCAUCUCCACCUCCAUCAGGUAGAUAACAUCUCAAAUCUAACGAAGAGGGAUUAGAAAUUAAUGAAUAACAAUAAAAAUUGAUGACUGAAUGUAAAUAACCUUAUAUAGGACAAAUUCAACAAUAAUAAACACCUUAAAAUAUUUAGGUAGGUGCUUCAUAAUUAUCAGCUUCAUAAAAUCAACUAUAAAAUUAAUAAUAACCUAAUGUAAAUGCUAUAAUUUCAAUAAACGAAUAAUUAAAGUCUAGUCAAAUAUCUUUAGCGAGUACUGAAAAUGUGAAGGAAAGCAAUGUUGGUACCAAAUUAUCAGAUUUAGUUAUGAGGAGAGUUAUAACAAUAGUUUUAUCAAUUUUAAUCAGUAUACCUGUUUUAUCUCUAGAUACUUAUCAAGAGACCAUAAAUUCUUAUGAUUCAGGUAUCUUUAGAAUUGCAUAGUUUAAGGAUAAUUACAAGAUAGUAGAGAGUCUAACUUAACAAUAUGUUGGAUUUCAUUAGGAUGAGAUUUAUCCUAUUCUUGCUGUAUUUGUAUAAAAGAUUAAUGUAACUGAGAAUUCUCCAAAACUCAAUGAUUCUAAUUUUGAGAUAUUCAAUUAUUCUAAAAAGUAAGAUUGGUUCAAAGAAACUAAUUAUAAUUUAGAUGAAUACAGAUAAUCAGAUAAGUAAUAUUAUGCAUCAGUAGAUACAAAUGAUAUUUUGAUAACUUGUUCAGUUGCUGAUUUAGUUGAGUAUAACAAAACAAAUGCUAUUUUGUCAAUUUUUUAGACAAUAUUUGUUUGUAUAGUUCUAGCAUCUAGUGCAGUUUUAUUUAAUAAAGAUGUAAAUGAAUUGGUAAUCGAACCAAUAGAGAGAAUGAUGGAGAAAAUAGAAUUAAUAGCUUAAAAUCCAUUAGAAGCAGUAUCUAUCGAAGAACAGGAAGAUCUUAUAAUGGAAUAAUUAGAAAAAGAUGAAGAUAACGAAAAGAUAAAAUAGAAAUAUAUUGAAAAAACAAUGGAAACUUAUAUGCUUUAGAGAUUAAUAAUGAAAGUUGGAGCAUUAUUAGCAGUAGGAUUUGGAGAAGCAGGAUCUGAAAUAAUAGCUGAGAAUAUUAAAAAAGGAGGUAGUGUAGAUCCAAUGUUACCUGGUAAAAAGAUUAUGGCUAUUUUUGGAUUUUGUGAUAUUAGAAAUUUUACUGAUGCAACAGAAGUACUUUAAGAAGAUGUAAUGGUAUUUGUAAAUGAAAUUGCAGAAAUUGUUCAUUCUACAGUAGAUUGUUAUGGAGGAUCUGCAAAUAAAAAUAUCGGAGAUGCCUUCCUUUUAGUUUGGAAAUAUUUCCCUAUGGAAUAUCAUCCAGAUCCUUAGAAUUAAUCUAAAUUAGUACUUAGAAAUGAACAUCAAAUUAAGUAGAAAGGUGAUAUGGCUGUGUUAUCAUUUUUAAAAAUAAUUACUGCAAUUUCAAUUUCUAAGAAAUUAGAAAAGUAUAAGAAACAUGCUGGAUUGAAUGCUAGAAUGAAAGAAUAUUCUGUAAAAAUGGGUUUUGGAUUACAUAUGGGAUGGGGAAUUGAAGGUGCCAUUGGAUCUUCUUUUAAGAUUGAUGCAUCUUAUUUAAGUCCCAAUGUUAAUUUGGCAUCAAGAUUAGAAGCUGCCACAAAAUAAUUUGGAUCUAUUAUACUUAUAAGUGGAAUAUUAAAACAGCAUCUUACUGAAUAAUGUCAAAAAUAAUUAAGAAUGAUUGAUAGAGUUACUGUUAAAGGUAGUAUUGAACCAGUAGAAAUUCAUACCAUAGAUAUGUCAAUUAAGAAUCUCUUAGCUAAAACCAAAGAGUUACAUGAUAAAUUUGAUAUUAGUAAAAUGAAUUAACAAGAAUAAAAAUAAUUUAGAGUACUAAAUAGGAUCAAAAGAAAUUAACUUUAAAAGGAUGUAUCUAAGGACAAAAUCAAUGUUGCAGAUCAAUUUAACACUGAUGAAGAAAUCAUUCUUGCUAGAGAACCUUAUACAAAAGUAAAUUAUAAUUCAUCUAUUCUAUUAGGAAUUUUAUAACACUUGGCAAGAUGCAUUCCAAUUUUAUAUCAAAGGUUAAUGGGAACUUGCCUAAUCUCUUUUUUCCAAAACUUUAGUAUCUAUUACUUUCUAACUAUUUAGUAUAUGAUUCCUGAUCAUAAAGAUGGUCCAUCUAAUACACUUCUUGAAGUAAUCCAUUCCAAUGUAGGAAAAGCUCCACAUGAUUGGAAAGGAUACAGAGAACUUACAGAAAAAUGA